CGUCGCCGCCGCCGGGCUCGGUAGCUCGCGCAGUUCGCCUCCUGGGCGCCCGAGGCGGCCGCCCGGCGGUCCCGCGGCUUUCCGUCCUGCCGCUGCGGGCCGCGGGGCGCGGCCAUGUCCCGAAAGCAGGCGGCGAAGAGCCGGCCGGGCAGCGGCAGCCGGAAAGCCGAGGCCGAGCGCAAGCGGGACGAGCGGGCGGCGCGCCGGGCCCUGGCCAAGGAGCGGCGGAACCGGCCGGAGUCCGGCGGCGGCGGCGGCUGCGAGGAGGAGUUCGUCAGCUUCGCCAACCAGCUGCAGGCCCUGGGGCUGAAGCUGCGGGAGGUGCCGGGGGACGGCAAUUGCCUCUUCAGAGCUCUUGGUGAUCAAUUGGAGGGUCACUCACGAAAUCAUCUCAAGCACCGACAGGAGACAGUGGACUACAUGAUAAAGCAGCGGGAAGAUUUUGAACCCUUUGUAGAAGAUGACAUUCCUUUUGAGAAACAUGUGGCCAGUUUGGCAAAGCCUGGUACGUUUGCUGGCAAUGAUGCAAUUGUCGCCUUUGCAAGAAAUCAUCAAUUGAAUGUGGUGAUUCAUCAACUUAAUGCCCCUUUGUGGCAGAUCCGUGGUACAGAGAAAGGCAACGGGCGGGAGUUGCACAUCGCGUAUCGGUACGGAGAGCACUAUGACAGCGUGCGGAGGAUCAACGACAACUCAGAAGCACCUGCGCAUCUCCAGACUGACUUUCAGAUGCUUCAUCAAGAUGAAUCAAAUAAAAGAGAAAAGAUCAAGACAACAGGAGUGGACUUUGAAGACGACCUGCGAGAUGAAGUAGAAGAUGCUGUCCAGAAGGUUUGCAAUGCGACUGGAUGCUCAGAUUUUAAUUUGAUAGUCCAGAACCUGGAAGCAGAAAAUUAUAAUAUUGAAUCUGCAAUAAUUGCCAUGCUUCAGAUGAACCAGGGGAAAAGAAAUAAUGCAGAGGAGAACCUUGAGUCUAGUGGCCGAGUGCUGAAGCAGUGUGACCCUUUAUGGGAGGAGGGUGGCAGUGGCACCAGAGUCUUUGGAAAUCAGGGCUUAAAUGAAGGCAGGACCGAAAACAAUAAGGCACGGGCCAGCCCUGGCGAAGAAAACAAAGCAAAUAAAAACCAGCUCCCAAAGGUUACAAACAAACAGAGGAGAGAGCAGCAGCGACUGGAGAAGAAGAAACGACAGGAGGAGAGGCACCGUCACAAAGCCCUAGAGAGCAGGGGUAGCCACAGGGACAACAACAGAAGUGAAGCAGAUGCGAACACGCAGGUCACCUUGGUGAAGACCUUUGCUGCUCUCAACAUCUGACUCUCUGGCCCUCUGGGAGGUGUAAGAAGUGAAUGGAAAAUGGAGUGCUGUGCACCAGGCUUUCCAGUGAGGCCGUCCUUUAUAGAACGAAACACAACCUACAAAGUCCACACAUAAGCUCACACUGAGUUAAUUUCCUUCAAGCUGCCUCUUUUUUGUUCAGAGUUUUGUUAGUGAUGUGUUUUAUUUUAUGAAAGUGCAGUGAAGCCAUUCACGUUCUGUCAUUUAAAAUAUCGAGUUUUAGGGGUGGCUAGUUAGGUAGGGAAAAAUCUUUUGAGCGUGGUUUUAUUUGCCCAGAAAAUUGGAGUUCAGUGACCCAAAUGCUUAACACUUGGGUUGAGUUUUACUGUAAUUGUUCAUGAAGUAGUUUAGAUUAGUUGCUAGAAAUUCAGAAUGACAAGUUUCCUUUGUUUCUCUUUCAUUUUCAUAUAGAUAUUGAUACACAGGAUGGUUUAUAAAUGAUCUCCAACUCAGGAACAUGUUUAGAUUUAGUUUUCUUCUAAUCCAAGUUAAUCAGAAAAUAAUUCAGGAAGUGUUUUCCCGAAGUGAUAUCAUAUGAGGGCUGUGGCCUGUAGUCAGGGUGGAAAUUAAACAGCUAUAUUUCUCUCCUUACUGAUGCUGAUGUUAUUUCAGAUGGGAUAUAGGUGCUGUUGGUUCGUUUGUACUCAAGCCAUAUGAUAAAUGCACCUGACUGUUAAUUAGGCCUGGACUUUGCUGAAAAUUGAUAGUGUUAUUGAGUUUUUGGUAGUAGUUUUUUGACAAUGAGAAGAAGCUGUGUUAUUGCUUAUGCCGUUCAGGGAUUCUGAUAGUAUGGAGAGCAGAAUCCCUAGUUGUAAAGGGAGAAAUUGAGGGAUUUGUGAGUUUUUGCCUAGGAAGAGUCUAAAGAGUUAUUUGAUUUUGUAGGGGAAGAAUGUCUGGAAGAAUAUCUAAGGUUUUUCAUGUUCAUAGUUUAAGUAACUAUUUUCUUCCCUACUAUUCUAGACUUAGAAAGAGGCCUUCAGAGAAAUAAAAGGUAA